GUGCCUCACUUUGACGGGAUCGAACGAACGGACAUUUCAAUUUCAGUUGAUUGCAAGAUUGUAACAACGCCUGGAAACGAAGAAUUUGCAGAGAAUAGUGGUGAAAUAACCAUCAAUGUUGUUUAUUGUAUGUGUAAAAUAAAUGAUUUUUAGAUUAUCUGAAAGUAAACGGUUCUGAAUUACCCAAAAAACCCGCUCAUUAACUAUACCGAAGAGGAGUAGGCCAUAAUAUUACAGAACUCUGUUUUACAUCCAUUCAUAAAGGUUUUACUCACAGACUUCAGCAAGAUGGAGCAGAUGAUCCCUGUUAUCAAUAAACUGCAAGAUGUAUUUAAUACGGUAGGAUCAGAAUCCAUGCAACUCCCACAAAUUGUUGUUGUUGGAACCCAGAGCAGUGGUAAAAGUUCUGUUCUUGAAAAUAUUGUUGGAAGAGAUUUCUUGCCAAGAGGUGCAGGCAUUGUUACAAGGAGACCAUUGGUACUACAACUGAUUCAUGUCCCAAAACGAACGAAUGGCCAUGCAGAGACAACAGAAGAUCCCCAAGACAGAGAAGCCUAUUUCGAUGCAUCAACAGAUUCAAAUGAAAGCAGUGAGGAAAAAGAGAAUGAGGAAGAUGAGGGUAAAGAGAAUAAGGUCAAAGGUAGUCUUAGAGGUACUGAAGAUGCAGCAGAAGAAUGGGGAAGAUUUCUUCAUCUAAAAGAAAAAAAAUUCACUGAUUUUUCAGAAAUUCGAAAUGAAAUUUUGAGUGAGACAGAAAGACUCACAGGCAGCAAUAAGGGUAUUUCAUCUCAGGCAAUUCAUUUAAAGAUUUAUUCACCAUAUGUGGUCAAUCUUACACUUGUGGACCUACCAGGAAUGACCAAGAUUCCAGUUGGCGAUCAACCGCCAGACAUCGAAGUUCAAAUCAGGGAUUUGAUUGCAAAGUACAUUAGAAACCCUAACUCUAUUAUUCUGGCUGUUACGUCUGCAAAUACAGAUUUAGUGACGUCAGAAGCCAUAAAGAUCGCAAGAGAUUUUGACCCUGAAGGCAAUAGAACAUUAGCCGUGGUUACAAAGCUCGAUCUCAUGGACCAUGGAACAGAUGCAGUGGAUAUUCUUUACGGCAAAGUCAUUCCUGUUAAACUUGGUAUAAUUGGUGUUGUCAAUAGAAGCCAAUUAGACAUAACAAAUAAUAAGAGCAUAAAGGAUGCUUUGAUGGAUGAACAAGCUUUCUUCCAAAGACACUAUCCCAUCCUUGCAAGCCGUAAUGGUUCUAAAUACCUCACAAGAACGUUGAAUAGGCUGCUUAUGCAUCACAUCAGAAAGUGUCUACCAGAAUUAAAAUCUCGCGUGAACGUCAUGGUAUCCCAGUUUCAAAAUAUGCUCAAUUCUUAUGGUGAGCCAGUUACAGACAAGGGAUCUAUGAUUCUUCAAAUAAUUACUAAAUUCGCAUCGACCUACUGUGAAACAAUUGAAGGGACUGUCAGGAAUAUUACCACCACAGAAAUCUGUGGAGGUGCACGUAUUUGCUACAUCUUUCAUGAAAUAUUCGGUGCAACGUUAGGGAAAAUGGAUGCUCUUGGUGGCCUGUCAACCAAAGAUAUUCUAACUGCCAUAAGAAAUGCAACAGGUCCGAGGCCUGCAUUGUUUGUUCCGGAGAUAUCAUUCGAGCUGUUGGUUAAAAGACAAAUUCAGAGGCUAGAGGAACCCAGUUUGAGAUGCGUGGAACUUGUACACGAAGAAAUGCAGCGAAUUAUUCAACAUUCGUUGCUGCAGGUGCUGGAGAUACGCCGUUUUCCAAAGCUCAACGACAGAGUAAUUGAUGUUGUUAGUUUUCUCCUGCAGAGACGUCUACCGCCAACCAAUUCAAUGGUUGAAAAUUUAGUAUCAAUAGAGCUGUCUUACAUCAACACAAAUCACCCGGAUUUUACCGAUGGAGCAUCGGUUGUUUCUGCUAUGCUCGCUUCCAAUGAUCUAUCACGUCGACGAAAGCCUAAUGGAAUGGCUGAAACAAAUCCUUUGCCUGGAAACUUUGAGAUACCUGAAAAAGUAGCAGCAGAGCCCCAGGUACCUCAGUCACAAAUGCCAUCAAAGGGACUUAUGUCUUGGGUGUCUGGAAAGCAAGGAGGUCGAAAUAGUGAUAGCCCUUUGCCGGUAGAGACUAUGGAUAUGUCCUUCAAAGAAAGUCAAAAACAACGCGAACUUUCGUCUAGGGAACAGAUGGACUCUGAGCUAAUCCAAAGAUUAAUCAAGUCUUAUUUUAAUAUCAUUCGCAAAAACAUCCAAGACAGUGUUCCCAAGGCAAUCAUGUGCUUUUUAGUCAACUAUGUUAAAGAGAGAAUACAGAGUGAAUUAGUUGCAAGUUUGUACAAGCAUGAUUUGUUAGAAGAUCUACUUAGUGAAUCGGAUCACAUCAACAUGAAGAGAGCUGAAGCUUCAAACAUGCUCAAGGCACUUCAAAGGGCUGCUCAUAUCAUUGGGGAAAUCAGAGAUGCACAGAUUUGGUGAUGAAUCGUUUCACGUUAUAACUAAUGAAUACAAUACAUUUUGAUGUUGUGAAAAUUGAAGUAUUGUAUUUUGUAAUUCCAUUGAAUACACUAUUAUUUAUUUGCGAAAGAAAUGCGAGCAAAAAAAAGAAAACAGGCACUUGUGAUUGAUAGAAAGGCUAAAACAGAUAGCUUAAAACAUAUGUUACCUGGAUCAUUCCACUUUUUUGCAUUUGAAAAAUACCUUUUCUCCGCUCUGAUUUAACUGAAUCACAUAAAAAUGUGUGUAUCUUUGAAUUAAGCAUAUUUUUUGGUUUAUUGAGUACCCUAUUUAUCAAAUAUGAAAUCACACAGUUCUAUCACGCAGUUCAUAUACAGACCUUAAAUUAAGAAUAUUCUUAGGUCUAAGUAUUCUUAAAGUCCUAUCCGAAAUCGAACCCGAAAUUGCGACCCAUCUAUGGUCCUGCAAGAGCCUUGAUACUUUGAAUAUGGCCUUAAAUUUUAAACCUGUUUACUCAAGAUUCAAUGGAAUUUUAGGCUUGAUUUGUUGAAUUGUCAGAAAGGUGUAUGGCCUAAUUUCAAGAGCCAUUGGUACGUCGAUUGUUUUUUCAAGGAAUUCAUCCAUGUAUCUGUAAUAGUAUGUUGUCUUUAAUCAUGAAGUUGCAAUCACAUGUGUUGACGAGAUUCUGUUUUUAGUUUUGGUACUGAUUUUUUUCGUAAUGCAUUGCAUAUCCCUCCAUAAGUUUGUUAAUUUUCGGUGUUUCUUUUUUAACACGGCGAUGUAUAUAAUCAGUUUGUCGUCAGCAGUCAGUGUAUUCCUUCCCAGUUCCCUUAAGGACAAAUAUAUGUGCUUUGUAAAAGAGGGUUGGUCUGUAAGGACAAAUUGCCUCAUAUUUCUGUCAAUGACCUGAAAGAUACGCCUGAUAGAUAUGUAUUUCCAUGCUCCCUGUGGCAUCGUCCUCCCUGUGGAAGGCUGCAUAAUAUUUUCCCACGACUUUCAAGACCGUUUCUUUCAGACCAUAUCCAAACAACAAGGCCAGUAGUACUUGUAUUUGUUUUCAAGAAAUCGCUCUUACCCUGCCGAAAUUACUAAAUGUUUGUGCUUUUUCAACCGCCCUUAAGGCUUUUUCGCCUACCAUCGAUACAACGUAUGCGUUUCAUUGUCUGUAGAGUUGAAUGUGUUAUGAGUAUUCACUCCAGUGUGUUUACAAUGGAAGAUUUUAUUUUGUCAAAACUUG